UUCCUGGUUUCGUCUUUUGUGAACAGGAGCUUGGGGAAGCAAAGGUCACUGCAUGUGUUGCUGCAACUGCCGCAGAGGAGACAUUAUAGUAUGUAGGAUACUGAAUACGACUGCAGUUAUGAGGUACAGAUAACCACGUUCUUUCCGUGCCCAGCUGAAGGGGGCAGGCUCGGGGCGAAAGCUGCGGCGGUGUGCAAUUUCCUUGUAACUGGGCUUCCCUAUUCUGAAAGUCAAAACCGUAUUUCUCUGUUUGUCGUCGAAAUAUGUUUGUGCCAAUGCAGUUUGGAGUGCCUCCGCCACAACCAGGACGACGCGGUAUUCGUGCUCAUGAGCAGCGUCACUCUAUGUAGCGUACAGAUCACGUGUACACAAAGACAUGUACAACUCUUCUAACGCAGAAAAUCAGUGUUUCUCCUUUUCAGAAAAGGCGUACAGCUCCGUCGACUGCAGCAAACCUACGUUAGUCAGAAGGCUCUUCAAAAAUCCGUCGCGUCGUCGCCGGAUCUUUCUACACGCCUCGUAUGAGCCGUAUGACGGAACUUUGUAUAGCAGCCUACGAACGCCAGCAGUGCUGAGGCGACAAAGUCUGUUAUGAAGCAGUACACGGCACAGGGUGUUUCGACUCUAAAGCAAAGACUUGAGACCGAGUCACAUGUUGUCCAUGGUUUUGGCGUAUCUGUGUUGCGUCUGUUUCACAUUCGAAACUGAAUCGCGACUCUUCAGAAUGGAGCCCUCCGGGGGAGUGCGCUUGCAAUUGUGUGUGGGCACAAGCGGGUUCGUCCAGUGGGGAAUAUCCGCCUGCGUUGCAGUUUACCGGAGAUGUUGUGAAGGGAAGGCGCGCUAUGAUGGCUUCGGCCUCUCUUCGGGACAUUGAGAUGGAGAAAGCCACACGGAUUUCACGUACGUUGUUCGAGUUGCGUACGCUGGCGGAUCCCAGCUCGCUCGACUGCAUAAAAGAAACGGCGGUGCAGUGCACGGGGAGCUGUCAGAUGCUCCAUGAGGAACAAUAAACGAGAAAUGCGACUUUGUCUGGUUAAGAUCUUGCGAAAAGACCUACUGAAAGCAUGCGACGCCGGGGGAAAUCCGGAAGAAAAUUCCGUGGGGAAGCUGCUGGUGACACAAAGCUUGGCGUCUGCCCGACUGCCACAGAGCGCCCUUGCCUAACCCAGUGGUUGUGGCACUGUCGUCUUUCCCGAGAGUUGAGUACAACAUCAGUGUGUGCAUUUUCGGAUGUUUCUUCAGGGUUUCCUCCAGAUUCCCCUGUCCGUUUUCUUCCGGAACAAGGGGACACCUUGAUGGAGACAGUGUGAACCGAGGCAGAAAGCACGGAGCUAUGAAACUCUAACGGGGAGCCGUUCUCUUGCCACUUCGCUUGCAGUGCUCUCGGAUCGCUGCCAGUGAGGUACCGGGGGGCAAUCGAUCCGCGGCACAGUAGUUGGCUAUGACGUCGACCCAGCGAUGAGGCGCGCUAGGCGGGGAUCAAGUGUGCGUAUGUUUCGCGAAAAGAGUUUGCUCGACUUUCCUUUUGCGUUUCGGUCGUUUCAGUAGUAGAUGGGCCUUCUGUUUUCUCUGCUGUUCUCAGCGCAGUGUCGCGAAACAUAACCGUCGUUCCGGCUGUAGCGGCACUAACCGGGCUCCGGCGAGGGCACCCACGGGAGCGAUGAAGAAACCCUCUGUCGAAGCGUUGUUGUGACUCGGCGUCUCCCGGACUCUAUAGCUUUUUCACACGCAGCACACUCUCUUGUUUGUGUCAGAUACCCUACCCAACAGUGCCGCUUGCUGCGCCCCCAGGACUGUUUCCCCGACGCCUCGCCAGCUCGAAAUCGGCAGCGGCGUCAGUCUCUCAUACGUCCGCCGGUUUGCGAAGGCCCUCUCUACGUUCUGAGAGGAACUUGCUAGCAACUCCAGGGUUUCAGUUGCUAGCUGCGCAGUUGUCUGCCAGAGCGACUCAACCUUACCGCGUUUCCUCCAGUCUCCGUACUCCCGGCGUGUCGAGUUCCAGUCCGGGGGCACACAGUUCCCGACGGUGAAAAGGUUGCCGCUCCCCUUGCUCGUCGACAACGAGAGAAAAAGAUUGAUUCGCAGAGCAUUUCCGUCGCUCCGGUCCUCCCCUCCCGCGGAUCCUUGUUCUCCGUCGUUUCAGGCAAGAUGACGACGCAAACAACCACGAAAGGGUCGUCGCGGAUCUCGCGGUGCACCGUUGCCCUCGUUUUUGCUUUGUCGGCAUGCGCCACUGACGCAUUGAAUAUCGGCAACCACGCUCACCAAACAAGACUGGCGUCCGGAAAAACUUCGGCGAAGGGUGACGCCAAUCCGUGGGCCAAGAUCCUUGAAAGAUACAACGUGCCUCUCGUGCACGGUUCUGGCGUCUAUGUCGACUUGGGGAACACAAAGAUUCUCAGCAAGAAAAAGUACCGCGAGCCUGGCGGGAAGUGUCCCAACUAUGGCAAGUACAUCAAGACGUACCAGCCCACCACGAACCCGGAAAUUUGGCCUAACGAUUUUUUGAAGCCAGUGCCGUACGCAAAUACACCCCAGGACACGAUGCCGCUCGGAGGCGGCUUCGCCAUGCCCAUGCAUCAGAUCAGCCCGGUGUCGCUGAAAGACCUGAAGGACGAGGCGGAGGGGCUGAAAACCGCCACUGGGGUCUCGUCGUAUGCCGUUGAGCAUGCCAAGAACAUCAGAGAUGACUUGGGGCAUUGCAUAUGGUGGGCUCGCAUGACGUCCGCGCACGACACGUCGUCGAGCGCGACUAACUCGAAAGAAGACUACUACCGGUACGCUUUCGUCUGGGACCCGAAGAAGGAAAUGUGCCACAUCAUGUACUUGAACAUGCAGGAGAUGACGGGAGCAGGAACGUACUGCAAGAGGGGGGACUCAGGCCCCAACCUGACGUGGUACUGCUUCCACCCGGAGAAGUCCAUCGAGAAAAACCUCGUCUGGGGCAGCGCAUACGCGCGCCUCGACCACGCUUCUGCGUGUCCGGAACACGGCUUAAAAAACGUUCACUGGGGGCAGUGGAACGGGAGAAGUUGCCAGAAAAUGGCCGUCCGGAAACGCAUCUCUGUAGGCAGUGCUACCGAAUGUGCCAUGGAGCUGUUUAACAACAGUCCGAGCGACAACCCGACGCAGUACGUCGGCGACGAGGGCCGUGGGUGGGAUAAAAUCCUCGACGACGUGGUUGGAGUCCUCAUCCCCGCAGGAUCCACCAAGAAAGACCAGCCGCACACGCGCGGAGUUGGCAUCAACUGGGCGAACUUCUACAAAAAGCCCAGCGGUUCCUACUGCGAAAUGUACGAUGGCGUCCCGAACUGCCUCACGUCUGCGCCUGAGCAGUACGCGUUCGUGAGUCUCGGCGAUCCAAACCCAGACAACGCACAACUUCCGCCUUGCUCAUCCGCCACAGAAGGCGUUGUCAUUCCCUCCCACUGCUCUUGCCCUGAAGGAGAGACAAGCGGAAGCAGCUCUGGUGUAAAGUGCGAAGACGGCAAAUGGGUGGAGGGCCAUGUCUCCUGCACCUGCUCACUCGAUGAGGACACCAGCGUCAACAUCUGGCUUAUUGCGGGACCGUGCAUUGCCGCUGGAGUGCUGUUGCUCGGAGGACUGAUAUACUGGAUGGCACAAAGGAACAAGCGCGAACCGGCUGUUGAAAAGCCUCAAAUCGUGGACGAGACAAGGGAGCACGCCGUUCGAACCCGCCAGAACCAAGCAGACCUGCUGCAGGAAGCGGAACCUUCAUUCUGGGGAGAAGCUGACAACUAUGGCACAAGCGUCAUUCUCGACUCCGCCAACAUUGACAAGGACUUUUGAAACUUCACUCGUUUACGAGGAUAGAAAUUCAGGCACUCUGCUGCGCGUUGGGAAUGCCGAGCUUCCCAGCUUUUUCAAUUGACAGAUGCGAAACAGUCGCUCUGCGACAUGUAUGCUAAUUAGAGGUGAGGGGACAUCUCAAAUGAAGACACAGUCCACUUGCGAGGUCACGGCAGGUCCUCUCCUCCCGGUUUGCCGCCAUCCCACGGUGGCGCAGGUUUCACCACACUGUCGAUUUCUUCCAGAAACGAACGGACACGUCGAUUCGACCACCCGCGGUCUUCCUGUCUUGUUUGAGACUGUCUACCCACACUGCGAAGCAUUCGAAGGAGAGACGGGGAAAGCCAGAGGGGAAGGGGGUUACCGUGCAAGUAUCUACGGGAGUCGUGCCGUUCCCGUUACUUUUUGUGCCCUUCACUGUCUGAAAAGUGCUUCUUCGCUCUUGGUCUGUCCCCAGUGCCUUCGCUGCUCUCUCGAGGGAGGGUGUUUUUUUGUGCCCAGUUUCUCCGUUUCUGCCCAGCAACUACAAGGAAGCGGAUUCGUCCAUUUCCUAAUUCUUCAUCGCACUGAGU